CGUCGUGCACCAGCUGGUGAAUACGUCACAUCCGAUUUGGAAGCCCUGAGAGGUGCUGCACCCUCGCGACACCAACUCGGCGUUGUUCUCGUUGUGUUCCAAGCAUUUCUGGAAUCGUCGCUGAAGAGUACACGUCUCCACGACCUUUGCGAAGAACACAACUUGAUUUUGAGGCUAAAGAACGAAGCCAAGACACUUUUUGACAUCAUGAUCAUCCCCGUUCGCUGCUUCACCUGUGGAAAGGUCAUUGGGAACAAGUGGGAGGCGUACUUGGGACUUCUGCAGGCAGAGUACACGGAGGGUGAUGCUUUGGAUGCAUUGGGAUUGAAGAGGUACUGCUGUCGCAGAAUGCUGCUGGGGCACGUGGAUCUCAUUGAGAAAUUACUGAAUUACGCACCUCUUGAGAAAUAGAACAAAUAUCGGAGGUCUAAUUUAUUUUCCUGGCUUGUUGACGACCUGGCCUGGCUUUCGUGUGACACUCAACCAUCAGUCAUUAGAAAUUCAUCAUUUUAGAGUCACAGAUAAGAAGCUAGUAAUGUAAGUCUCAUUUUCAUCAUAAAUAUGUAAAGUUUCAUUUCAUCCCUGAACUAUUAAGGACUAUUGUGUAAGAAUAAAGAACUAUUUUUCAUGCCUUGAAAA